CAGUUGACAGGUCUCUUGGGGCUGGCAUUCAGUGGCAUUGCUGCAUUGGUUGUGCAUCGUGUACAAGACAUUGAUCGUCGUUCCACACGUGUCCUGACGAUACUAGUGCUUUGCUUAAUGCUGACAUUGUGGAAUAUACACAGCACUGAGAAUAGCUUGAUAAUGCGUCUUGGACUUCCACUCUUCAACCAAAUUCUUUCAUGGAUGUUGUGUGGAGUGGUGAUGCUUCUGCCCCUGAUGGGAUCAUGUCAGGGGCUGCCCCGUUUACUUUCACUGGUCAUUGCACUUUUUAUUCCAUUUCUCCUGCUCUCUGCUAGUCAUGAACCAUUGUUCCUGUUGGCACUGACGUUGCACCUGUUGUGUUGGUUACUUCUGGAAACAUAUCUUGCCCCACAGGCUUGCUCAGUCCCAGAAAUAACUUUUGACGUGCAUGACUGCAAGAUCAAAGACAUCACAAGAAACAUAGCAAGCUUAAAUUCUUUUGAUCCAACAUGGGUACGAUGUUUUGUUACUGUAUUUUCUCCAUUUUUAAUGACCACACUUAUUUUAUGGAAAACUGUGAUUCCAUUUUUCCUGGUGACUUGUGUCUUCCGAGCUCAGAAUGUCAUGUUACAGGUGCCAGCAGAUCAACUCUUCCUACUCAUGCUUAUACAGUGUGAUUUGGUUGGUGUACACUUCUUGCACCUUGUGACAAACCAAGGCUCAUGGUUGGAUAUAGGAACAUCUAUUUCACACUUUGUCAUUGUCCAGGCAACAACAUUGUUUUUGCUGCUCUUAUAUGGAAUGGCUAGACUAUGUACAGGUGCACAGAUAUUUCCUGCUUCUUCUGUUCAUUGGACCAAUGUGGAGACACACAAGUCUCUGGAAUCUGGAAGUGUGCCUACAUCAGUUCCUACCAAUUGUUUACUGGAUGUUCGUUUUGCGUUGGCCAAUGAGCAGUCUGUUCCUCGUAAACGACAUUUUGAAUGACCGCAACAGAAGCGUUGCCCUGAACUAAUUACAAUUUCUGUAAGGGCGACGCAGCCAUCGUACCUCUGGUGUUUUUGGAUGGAUAAUAGAGUGAAAGGGAGUUUUUGAUUGUGAUGUAAAAACUAGGAAAAUAAUCAGUAUUAUGUUCCUUACAGAUCCAUUUAAUUUAUUGGCCACUGAAAUGAUUUUCCAUUAUAGUGACAAGUAUUUUUCUCACACAUACUUCUGUCAUUAGGUCUCAUAAAUGUAUUUGCAUUUUCCAGUAAAUUAUUUGGUUGUAUUGAUCAACACUUGUUUUAAUUUUAUGACUAUUGAACCUUUUCCAUUUCAGCAAACUUCAAGAAUUCAAAUAAAUAAGUAAUGCAUUUUAUUUAUUAAAUUUAACUUUUAUAAUAUGGAAUGCUAUUGACUUAGAAUUAUUUUGUAGCUCUACAAAAAUGUUAAUGAACAAGAUACAAGUUGGUUUACACAUGACAAGCUCUCUCUACAACUGCCUGGCUGAAUCAAUUUGUUCUCUCAUUCAGUCAAGUUGCCAUUCACAGAGCAUAAACAAACAUGUGGAGUCAGUUAAUACUUGUCAUUAUAUGAUUGUACAGAACCAAAUUGGAAUUCUUGAGCUAUUCUGCAGUUACUUGACCUCUGAGGCAGAAAUGUACAGCCAGUUGUUGCUACAUUUGGUUCUAAGUCAGUUUCAUUUGGAGCUUAAAUUUAUGUCAAAGUAACAUUCUUAUCUGACUCUUAAGACUUAGUUGCAGAUCUCUUUGGGCAUAUUGCUAUGAUUACCUUCUUUGAGGUCUCCAUCAAAAUGUAUUUUAGUCACUGAACAUUUCUGCACAGGAUCAAUUUCCUUUUAAGGCCUUCAUGUCAGUCCUAUUGUCAUUUGACAUGUUUAUGAGUAAAGUAAAAUAAAUAUAUGGACAUAUAUUCAUAAUAUCUACACUAUACAAAUCACUGUUACAUAUUAGAAGAAAUGCACAAAAUUAACAUGCUUAGAUUGUGUUACACACAGCAUAAUCCUGCAUAUGUUUUUAAAACAAACACUUGCAAGACACACGUAAAACUCUUGCUUCAGGGACUGGAAGUGUAUUGGAAUUUUGCUGUGAUGGAUUCUUUUAAGUAAUUUCUCGUAAAUAAUUAAAGUAUUUGAUAGACCUGAAAUCUACUAGUUAGCAUUGCAAUAAUAGUACAUUAUGCCUGCAACAAUGAUGCAGGACCAGUUGUAGAAUCACUUUUUUUUCCCAUUCAAGAAUAUCUCAAAAGAAAAGGAUCAACAAAAAAUUCAAUUAAAAUGAAUACAUACUGUGAACAAAAUAUUUCACUGAAUGCAGACAGUAUUCAACCAAGACCAUCAUAAUUUAAUACCAAAAUAAAAUUAUGCUUCCAAUCCCUGAUUCAAUCAUUGUAAAUCAGAACAUUUGCAAAGUACAAAUUUCUUGUGGGAGCCAAUCCCAUCUUAGUGGAGGUAGAUAAUUACUUAAGCUGCUACCAGUCUUAAAUCUUUAGUGCAUUCACACAUUCAUUCUUUUAUGUACAAAUGUGUAUAAAUAUGUACAAACAUCAUACCUGUAAGCGCAAUUGCUGUCUAUUCAUAUACUGAGAAUCACACUGAAAUAAAUAAUAUCUAUAUAUAACUCGUAAUCAUUUGGCAGCAUUGAUACAUGAAACUACAGCAACACUGAUUACCACAGAGUUCAUUAGCCUGCUGGUUUUAAGUACAUUGCCAUUGUGUCAAGACUAGCAGGACAAGUAGUUCCAAGUGUGGAACGUAACAAAUAAGGAAGCAUUUUAUUUCUGUUAUGUCGCAUAUUCUUCCUUUAGAGAGUUCUACCUCUCAAUGCCAUAUUAUUAAAAGAAAUUAGUAUUUUCUAAAAGCCAACAAGACAAAAUGAAACUCAAAUUUCAUGUUACAUAAUAAAUUACAGGAGCAUCAUCAUCCAUCAAUGAGAAUGUUUGGUGAAAUAACUUUUGGCACAGAAGAGCUACACGUCAUCUGCAUGCAAGUGAAAUUCAGUAAACCCAUUUUUUUCUCAUGUCCUAGAGUGUGGGUGAACUAAACUAUGGAUCAUUUCCUUUUUUAACUAGUAACAAAACCCUGCAAUUAUUCCUUAUCAUUAAAAAAAAUAAUUACUUUUAUUUUUUUGUUUCUUAAAACAAUAUUAUAUAGUAAAGUGAAUAUUAAACACUAUUACCCAGGUUUUAGUUCUUAUGUAGCAGAAGAAACAAAUUUUGUCAAAUUUAACAGAUUCAACAUGAUUUACCUCAAAUUUUGGUGUGGGGACUUAGUGAGUUUCACUUGUUUACUGAUGAUAUGAAUAUUUUCAAAAUAAUGUUUUGGUGUAGGUUACGAUAAUAUUGAAAAAUUGUGAAGAUUUUUCCACUUCAAAAAAUAAUUUUUCAGAGGCCGAAUUUGUUCAUUAAUAUGUAACUAAAUAAUUUUUUUUAAAUGUUAAAAUGUAUGUAAUUUUAAUCUCUAGUAUAGAAAAAGUAUCUUUGCAGUUUGCUUAUCUUUGUUGUUGGACAUGGCAUUUAAUAUUUUAACCAAUUCAAUCACUGGCCACUUGUUACAAACAUACAUUCCUCACUGUUAACACAUUAUCUUGAAUUGUUGUUCAAUUUCUGCAUUGGCAGUUUUAUGAGUAAAUUGCAUCAGAAGUAUCAACACUGAUAAGAGGCACUGCCAACGGCACAUCAAUGUGGCUGCUCCUUGCUGACACCAGUAACCACCAAAUAGCAGUUCGUCACGAACCCUUUUCAGGAGGAGAAAGAACUGCUGAGUAUCAGGAGUGGUGCUUAGGUGCUGCUGGGUAGAGCAAGCCGGGCCAAUUGGCAGGCCUGUAAGCACAGAGGA